AUGCGCACAACACAAUGGGUGUGUCAACGAUGCGCCUUCGCUUUGAGGAGCUCUGCUGCUGGCCGAGGCCAAUUACCUCGGCCUGUGCAAUUGCUGUCUCGUAGAUAUGCGACCAACGAUGCUACGACUGCGACGACCCUUCCACCAGCCCUGCUGCAACGCGCCCGCAACAUUGCCGCCGAGCACAAAGACUUGCAAACCACCUUGGCAGAGGAUUUUGACGCAAAGGCCGCGAAACGACUGGGCGAUCUGAGCAGGGUCGCGAAUGCCCUGGCAGAAUGGGACACGGCGCGAUCGUCUCUAGAGGAGCUCAACUCCCUCAUCUCGUCCCCGGAUUCCGACAAGGAGCUCCAGGCACUGGCACGAGAUGAGCUCGAAACGACGCAUGCCUCAUUGGCAAACAUGACGAAUGCCCUGACAGCUUCAUUGACGCCGCGCGAUCCUUACGCAGACAUGCCAUGUCUGUUGGAAAUACGACCUGGUCCAGGUGGGCAGGAGGGUCGCUACUUUGCCGACGCCCUCUUCAAAAUGUACCGCGCGUAUUGUGCUCGCGUAGGAAUACGAACCAACAUUGUAAAAUACGAAACAGUGGACGGCGGAGAGACUCAAGGAGGCGCCGGCUCAGAAACACCCCUCAGCGAAGCAGUCAUUGAGAUUCUCGACACGGGCGCAUACGACCGGUUCCGCGGUGAGGCGGGCAUGCACCGUGUGCAGCGUGUUCCCGCCACCGAGACCAAGGGGCGGACGCACACGAGUGCCGUUGCCGUCUGGGUUCUGCCCAGUUUCCCCGAGGGUGGCUCCGAAGCCGAAGCCGACUUCAACGACCCAACGUCCGAUUUCUACAUUGACCCUAAGGAGGUCAGGGCGGAGAAGAUGCGAGCUGGUGGUGCCGGAGGACAACAUGUCAACAAGACCGAAUCCGCCAUUCGUCUAACGCACGUACCUACCGGAACAGUGGUUUCGAUACAAGAUUCACGAUCGCAGCAUCAAAACAGAGACAAGGCAUGGCAACUUUUGCGAUCCCGCGUAGCUUCACAAAGGAGAGAAGAGAGGGAAGAAAAGGCAGCUACUCUGAGAAACAGCGUCCUCAGUAAGGAAAAGAUCACCAGAGGUGACAAGAUCAGAACAUACAACUACCAGCAGGACCGCUGUACCGAUCACCGAGCUGGUUUCGAUGUACACAAUCUUCCCGAUGUGUUGGCUGGAGGAGAGGUGCUUCAAAAGGUCAUGGAUAGCACCAAGGAAUACCUCGUGGCAAGAGACAUUCGAGCUCUGAUUGCAGAAGAGGAGCUCAUAGCAAAAGAGGAAGAAGCUGCUGCCAAUGGGAAACAAAACAAGAAAUAA